GCGCGCAGCGCAGCCCAGCCGAGCCUCGCGGGGCCGCCGCCAGCCCUGCCGGCCGCCUCCCGAGCCUCCCGGGGGCGCCGGGCCUGCCGCCCCCGCCCGCGGCCCGCACGCAGCUCCGCAGGAACCGGCGGGCGCGCCGCGCUCCCCGCCGCCGCCGCCGCGCGCGCGGGCUCUAGAGGGACGGGCACGAUGCUUCAGGUCCUGGUUGGGGCCCUCCUCCCCGCGAUGCUGCUGGCCGCCCCCCCGCCCAUCAGCAAGCUGGCGCUGUUCCCAGACAAGAGUGCCUGGUGUGAGGCCAAGAACAUCACCCAGAUCGUGGGCCACAGCGGCUGUGAGGCCAAGUCCAUCCAGAACAGGGCCUGCCUAGGACAGUGCUUCAGCUACAGCGUCCCCAACACCUUCCCACAGUCCACGGAGUCCCUGGUUCACUGUGACUCCUGCACGCCGGCCCAGUCCAUGUGGGAGAUCGUGACCCUGGAGUGCCCCGGCCACGAGGAGGUGCCCAGGGUGGACAAGCUGGUGGAGAAGAUCCUGCACUGUAGCUGCCAGGCCUGCGGCAAGGAGCCUAGUCACGGGCUGAGCGUCUACGUGCAGGGCGAGGACGCACCGGGCUCCCAGCCGGGCACCCGUCCCCACCCCCACCCUGGCGGGCAGACCCCCGAGCCCGAGGACCCCCCCGGGGCCCCCCGCGCGGAGGAAGAGGGGGCUGAGGACUGAGGCCCCAGCUCUUCCUCCCCUCUGGUCCCCUGCGGAAUGUUGGGUGUCACCCAUGGGGGAACGGGGGUGGGGAGAGAGGCCGAAGUCCCCUCUUGGCACUGGAUGGACUUGGAUUCACACUUGGACUUGGAAUGCUUUCUGGUUGCCGUGGAGAUCUGAAGGGAGGGGUCGGGGCCAAGCUGCACAAUUUAAUAUAUUCAAGAGUGAGGGGAGGUUGCCGUGGUCUUCAGGGUUCUUUUUCGGUGGGGGGGGGUUCUCUUCCUUUCUGCCUCCUUGUGAUGGGCCUUUGGGAAGGGGAGGAGGUUGGCCACGCUGCUGAGGUGGGUGCGAGGUCCUCACAGCCCCUGAUGGGGCCGGGCCCCUGGGCUGCAGAUGGUGGCAGUGGGACCCUGAGCCCAGGGCGGGCGCAUUGCUGGCAGCAGCGUUGAGGGAGGGGCUGGGUCCAGGCUGGGGGCGGGGGGAUCUGCUGGAGAAGCUGGAGCCCCACAGGCUCCCCUAAAGGCCUACUGUGCCCCUGGAGCAGCGGCUCCCCAGUGGCACCGAAGUGGCCCCCCCUCAAUGGCGUGCUUGGGAGUCAGGUCUGGGCAGGACCCUGCUGACUCACUGCCCGGAGCUGGGAGCCAGGCUCUCUGGGCCUCUCUGGCUUCCUUGCCUUCCCAGGGAGUGGAGGGAGGCAAGGGAGGAGCCUUCCCGGGCCAGGGGGAGGGGAGGGCUCCCAGACCAUCACCAGAGUGUCCCUCCCCUCCCCCUCUCCCACUGCCCCCCAAGUUCUGGGUCCCUUGGAAAGCUGAUGGAGCCAGCCGUUGCCCUCCUGGGGAGCUCUUUCUAAAUAUCAGACGGUGGGGAGGCUCCAAAGAGGGCCCUGGGUGAGGUGGACUCUGGCUGAGCCUCAAGAAACUAGGGAGAGGAGGGGGAGGGUCCACGGCGGCCAGUGUCCCCACUGCUCUGGGGCAACCGAUUCCACCCAUCGCUCCCCUCCCAGCUGCACUUUAACCCAGAGGGCGAGUGGGGUCCUGGGGACUGGGCAGGCAGGCGGGCAGUGAGGAGCGCCCCCUAGGGACCCAUUCCUGCCUGUGUCUGCUCCUCCGACCCUGGGGCCGCGGGCAGCUCCCCCACCCCCUGCCUGGGGAGGGGGGCAGCCCUCACGGCUGUUCCGACAAGAGCUUCUAGAGCUUGUAACCAGUAGACUGUUUCCCUGACGGACCCUGAGUUUUCUCAUGAAUAAAUUCGUUCAAUGCU